CUUAUCUCUUUUGCUCUGUGGAAGAAGCCUUUCUCGGUUUAUCGUGUUUCCGUCCCAUGGCCGUUCGUCUCCUCCUCUCCUGCUCCCCGAAACCCCCUUCUCGAAUCCAAAACCGUAGUUCAAGCCCUAACACCAGGUUCCCUCUCAGCUGCGAAUCGAGGAACUUCUCGGAUUGGUGCUUCAUCAGGCGAGGACUAGCCGUCUCCGUUGUUUCCCUGGCCCUCGCAUUGACCCUCGGAAGCUCUCCUCCUGGUGCGCUAUCUGAGGCGCCCCCUCCUCCUUCCCGUAACCCUGUUCUCGCUGGAAUUGCCAACACCAAAUCGUGGUUUCAGUUCUACGGCGACGGGUUCUCGAUCCGUGUUCCACCGCUCUUCGAAGACAUCAUGGAGCCAGAGGAAUUUAGUGCUGGAUUCUCAUUCUAUGGCGACAAGGCAAAACCUAAGACAUUUGCAGCUCGGUUUGCCUCCCCAGACAGAUCGGAAGUUGUAACUGUGGUGAUUCGGCCAACCAAUCAGCUCAAGAUCACAUUCUUAGAGGCGAAAGAUAUUACAGAGUUAGGAACUCUCAAGGAAGCAGCAAAGAUAUUUGUACCUGGUGGUGCAAAUCUGUAUUCUGCUCGUACCAUAAAGAUUAAGGAAGAUGAAAGUCUUAGGACUUAUUACUUCUAUGAGUUCGGCAUCGAUACACAGCGUGUUGCUUUGAUGACUUCUGUAUAUAGUGGAAAGGUAGUUAUUCCUGGCAUACAUAGCUGGUGCAGCUGCUCCAGAAAACAAAUGGGAUGACGACGGUGUCAAUCUACGUUCCGCAGCUAUAUCCCUGUCGAUUGUUUAAGUUUCUGCAGAACGAUGCAGUUUUUGAAUGC